AAAAACAGGUAUGUGGGUGUUGGCGAUUCAGAGGAAAUACAGCUUUUCUAUUACUUCAUCAAGUCAGAGAGGAAACCUAGUGAAGAUCCCGUGAUGGUUUGGUUAACCGGUGGACCCGGUUGCAGCGGAAUAUCCGGUUUAGCUUUCGAGAUCGGUCCAGUGAAAUUCGAACUGAAGGAGUACAAUGGAACCACUCCUACUCUUUUGCCAACUUCAGAUUCGUGGACUAAGGUCUCGAGCAUAAUAUUCUUGGACCAACCCGCGGGAACCGGAUUUUCGUACUCAAGAACUGAACAAGGCCGUCAAGCUAGUGACUUGAAAUCAGGCCAACUGGUUCAUCAGUUCAUCAGGAAGUGGAUGCUAAUCCAUCCGGAGUUCAUAUCGAAUCCGUUGUAUAUCGGUGGAGACUCGUACUCGGGGAAAGUGGUGCCCCCUGCUGUUUUGUUCAUCUCCGAAGGUAUAUAC